AGGACGCUGGUGGACAUCAUGAUUAAUGACGUCAGUGUAAAUCCGUCUCAGCGGACGUCGAAGAAGCGGCUAACGUCAAACAAGUUCGGCCACAACACGGCUCGGUGCUGUUUCUCCUGGAACAAGGGGUAAACCCGACCCGUGGAGCUGCUAUUGCUGCCAACCUAUCCAAGCCAUCUGAGAGCCUAGAUCUCCGGCCAGUAUGUCCAGUGACCCUCCCCCUCCGUACCCCGGAGGUCCCAGUGCCCCCCUCAUUGAGGAAAAGAAUGGACAACCUGGGACAGUAAGAACUACUCAGCCACAAGGCCAGCCCAUGGUUCCAGAUUAUGGCCCUCCCCCCUAUGAAGGUCCACAACCAGGCUUCCUACCUCCACAUGUACCAGGGGAAGGACCCAUGCCCAUGCCAAUGCCUCCACCAAUGCAAGGAAUGGCCUAUCCACCACCUCCAGGUCACUUUGCCUAUCCAAUGCCUCCACCAGUACAAGGUGGCCCGUACCCACCACCGCCAGGUCACUUCGCUCAGCCGGUGCCAGGACAGAUGGGUCCAGGUCCGAGUCACUUUGUCCACAUGGGAGGUCACACAGCGACCGUCCUGGCUCCUCCGGGCGCCGCCACCACUGUGACCGUCCUGCAGGGCGAGAUGUUUCAGACCUCACCGGUGCAGACCGUGUGUCCGCACUGUCAGCAGGCGAUCGUCACCCGCAUCUCUCAUGACGUCGGGCUCAUGAACACGCUCUUCUGCCUCUUCUGCUUCUUUGUUGGGUGUGAUCUCGGCUGUUGCUUGAUUCCCUGUCUGAUCGAUGACCUCAAGGAUGUGACACACACCUGCCCUAACUGUAAGGGCUACAUCUACACAUACAAGCGCAUCUGCUAACCACCGACAGCUUUUCUGCCACAGAACCUGCGUACAUGCACACAUUCACAAAAACUCUCAGCUCCCCCUGCUGGUAGUAGCGGCAGACCCCACCGCCACCCCAUUUUGUGUCGCCCUCUUACGUCGUAAGU